UUUGAUCACAUUUCAGAGAAAAAUAGAACAGGUUAGAUGCACCUAAUAAAUAAAAUUACCAACAAACUCAGGAAUCUUUCUUUGCUUCACUGUUCUGGUGCUGAGAAUAUCACUAAUGCGGAUCAAAGGAGAUACACAGAUGAAUGCACCUCUUAUUUAUUAUUUGGAGACUACAUUUACUGCAGCUGGCAGAGGCAGAGAUUUUUUCUAUUGAUACACGGAUUUGCAGAAUCAUUUUAAAUGUUAAUAGGGGAAGACUGCAGGAGGGAGCGGUAAAAUACAGGGGGUCCCCAGCAAAAACGAGAAACUAUGAGUCUGAUGAAACCCGCUGGAUUUCCAUCAGGCAGUCACGGGGCAGCUCUAACGUCCCAGUGGCUGUGCUGGGUCAGUUAUCGAGCCUAGUCCGGUACCGGCUCGGCCGUGAACGAGCCGAGGCGACGUCAUGCUCUGCUUAAGAAGAAGCGUUAUUUUCCCGCUUCAGAAGAAGCGUCCAACGUGUUUUUACGCUUUCUCCGAGACAUGUCACGUCGCUAAGUUGUUAGAGCCGCGCGCUAGCACGUCAAUAGUGCAACGUAGCCUGCUGGAGGUUUUAAGGGUUCAGAUGAAACACCCGACCUCUCAGGCUGCUCACACAUCGAUCUUAAAUUGUUGCUGUUGCGCUCACGCCGUAAUACAGUAUUAGAUGCGGUUUAAGUCAGACUUGAAAAAAUAAAUGAAUUUUACAUGAAUAAGUGAUGCUUAGCCUGGUGGGGGGAGGAGAACCUGGCCUAAUAAGCACUGAAGGAAACCCUGUCAAGAUCGUCAACACUCGUUUAUCUUAAUGCUGCUGAAACAUGUAAACCAAAAAGCAUUAUAUCCACUGCUACCUUUCUAAUUUUAAACUCAGUAACUUAUGCUGUAACUGCACCUUGCUCUGCCUACUCCUUUCUUCUUGCUGCCCGCCGGCUGUUAUCACAAGCGACAACAUAGUAGUUCCCGCUGCUUCUUCGGGAAACAGCGCAAAAAAAAAAAAAAACUUGGGAUCUUGUAGGCGUGGCGGUAAGUUUUCAGCCGUGGCGGACCUUGACUAAUUCGAGUACAAAAAAGCCUCGAGUCAAAUUCUCUGCCUCGAGGCUUCGUAUAAUUGAUGUUUAAUUAAUUCAUGGCUUUGCAAACGCCUGGGGUCAUGUUUCACCCGGACCGAAUUAAGUGACGCACAUACACGCUGCACUGACUGCACACGCGAUUAGUGAAUGUAACUUAACUUUCUCUUAAGCCAUGGCAGACAACAUGGACCCCGGUGGAGUGCGAAAAAGACAGAAAAUGUCAAAGGUGCGGGACCAUUUUUCAUGUCGUAAGGCAGAAAACGUCCAGUGUAAACACUGUAAAAUGGAUUUAGCCUACCACAACAGCACAUCCUCCAUGCUGCAGCACCUAACCAGGAAACAUCCACAUGUAAAUGUCACUUCUGCAAGCGGAUUCCGAGGUCCGCUAUAUAUUCUGUGGACACUGUGCGAUUUUUUCAUUUGUAGCACUCAGUUUCAGCUCACACUGCAUCUGGUAGCAACACGUCGGACCUAAAAAUGUGCUAAAAAUAGCUGUGUUUACUAGUGGUGGGCAUAGAUUAAUUUUUUUAAUCUAGAUUAAUCUCACUGUAAUCUUGGAAUUAAUCUAGAUUAAAAUGGCUCAUUCAAAUUCUGCCAAAGACAUAUUUGUGUGCUACCUAGAUAAUGAAUAAAAGCAAGUCUUUGAGAAUGGAGGCGUAUUUCUUGUUUCAAUAAUGCAUCACAGACUGAUAAAGCAGUUUUACUAUGAUAACUGAUGAUGAAAAUAAAUAAUGAUCAAUAAGUAUUUGUGUUUAAUAGCUGUUUAUUCAGUUCAACAAAUUCUGCACUGUAGGUCAACAGAAUAGGUCAUGAUUAACUAUUUACAGUCAGUAGCGUUUGGUCAAUCAGUCCAAGCUCUAUUUCUCUUUCUUCCACCAGUCACUCAAGCAGACCAGCUUGUUCACAUUGUCUGGUGACAAACUAGUUCUUCUCUUCUACACAAUAUGGCCUGCUAAAGAAAAAAGUAUAUAGAUAUAUAUAUAUAUAUAUAUACACACACACAGACAUACAUACAUACAGACAUACAUACAUACAUACAGACAUACAUACACACACACAAACUAUCUGGCCUGGGGAGGGGGUUAAAUUUCUGGGGUGCCCUUCCAGUGCCCCCCUUUAGUUUGCAUGUAGGAUUGCCUCUGGUGAAUGGGAGUGAGAGCUGGAAAUGAUGCCACAGCUCACCUGUAUGAGCAGAAGCCAACUGUUGCUGUUGUUGUCUCUGAAAAUGGCAAGGGGAGUUAUCCUAGCUCAACUUUUCUAAACAAAUAUAAAAAUUUAUGAGUAAAACGUUUAUUAUUACAGGUAAAUUUGAGUCGAAGCCACAUGAAGAACGACCUGUAGAAACAAUUUAUCACUUUAUCACAAUAAACAGCUGCUAAAAGAGCUAAACUUAGUUGUAAUCUGCACCUGUCUGAGAAAGUCUUGUCUCGGUUUUCUCACAUCCGAGCGCUGCUUCGGCCGCGGACGGUGAAGUGUGACCCGGGGAAAGCCCGGCUGGAAAUGUCGGAGGUAAACAAAAUAAAAAGAAUGAAAGUCGGAUUUAUGGAUUAAACUCUGGUGAAAGUACAUAAAUUAUUUACUUGUCCCGCACGAUGAGAAGGGAGAAGCGCUGCUGGUGGCGAAGGUGCGACUGUUCGGCUGCAUGGGGAACAUUAAACUCUGCGAGCCUGGCGUCCGUCCAUACGUACGAUGAUCCGCGCCGAGUAUACAUCCGCGCAAUGUGAAAGUCAUCAUAGCUUACUUAGUAUAGACCCAGAUCCCAACCCAACUUUGAGAAUAGAUUAACGGCGUCAUUUUUUUUAUCGCGCGAUAAGAGUCUGGCUUUGCCGCAGCGCGUUAACGCCGAUAACGGCCCACCCCUAGUUUUUACACAACACCUCUGACUUUUCACUGUGUGGUUAUUGACGUCUGUUGUCCCUCAGGAUUGCUGCAGGAGGACGCAGGUAUUUAUGAGUGGCGGAGGAAAACAAAAGAAAGUAAAUAAAUGUUUUGUGAUCAGUAUAAUUUGACAUAACCACGGCAAACAUGCUUUCUCGACAAUCCUUGUUAUUGUGUGAGAAAAUAAGUGUAGAAAUUAAAACCGACGUGUGUUAAUAGGGAAACAGCUGGUGAGCCAUGUUUGCGCAUGCGCCGUGAGCGGUUCUGGUGCUGGUAGAUUCUCGUACGAGGGGAAAAUCGGCUCAGGUUGUAUGCUUAUUUUUUGCACAGGUAUUUGUUUACUCUGAAGUCAAGUUGAAGUGCUGAAGUUUUGAAAACUAAUUUGAAUAAAACUUGAAGAAUAACUGGUUAUAUUCUUGCUCAUUUUAAGAGGUCUUUCAUAUUUUAUAACAUGCUAUUUGAUAUAAUGGCUUACAAACACAAAAGGGUUCUUUAUUGGAGUACUCGAUUAAUCGAUAAAAGAUUCUAUAGAAUACUCGAUUACAAAAAUAUUCGAUAGCUGCAGCUGUAAAUUGUACCCUUCUCAGCAGCAGCACUGCAGGUGCUCUCCAUGUCCAAAAUGUGCGUAAGCCUGGUCCUUAGUCAACUUAAAGUUGCGCACAUUUUUCCACAGCUUAUUGCUGUGACGUCUAAAGUCUGGUUCACGUGUGAAUUAUGUAUUUUAUACUUAAACAACCAUUUAGGUUCUGUAAGUGUGAGCGGAGUUGUUACAGCUUAAAUUUACCGAACACACAGGUUCUAAGGAUUACUGAAUCUGUGAUUGUUCAUCCUGGUGCAUCAUGGAAGUUUGUGAAAGACUCCAGCUGUGUUGUUCCUCCUGCAGGCGAACCAGUGACUGUGUACCGUCUGGAGGAGAGUUCACCCAACACUAUCAACAACAGCAUGUCCUCCUGGUCCCAGCGGGGCUUCUGUGCCAAAAUAGAGUUUCUCAGCAAGGAGGAGAUGGGUGGAGGACUGAGACGGGCCCUCAAGGUGCUCUGCACCUGGUCUGAGUACGACAUCCUGAAACCAGGACAUCUGUAUAUAGUCAAGUCCUUCCUUCCUGGAGUGGUCCAGACGUGGCAGAGCAUCUACAAGGAGGACACCGUGCUUCAACUUUGUCUCAGGGAAAUCCAGCAGCAACGAGCUGCUCAGAAACUGACGUUUGCCUUCAACCAAAUCAGGCCAAAGACCAUUCCUUAUUCUCCAAGGUUCCUAGAGGUGUUCCUGCUUUACUGCCAUUCCGCUGGACAAUGGUUUGCCAUAGAGGAGUGCAUCACCGGAGAGUUCAGGAAGUUCAACAACAACAACGGAGAUGAGAUUGUUCCUACCAACCUUCUGGAGGAAACCAUGCUGGCCUUCAGCCACUGGACCUAUGAGUACACCCGCGGAGAGCUGCUAGUCCUGGACCUGCAGGGUGUUGGGGAGGUCCUGACGGAUCCAUCAGUCAUUAAGAGUGGAGAGAAAGGAUCUUAUGACAUGAUCUUUGGACCCGCCAACCUUGGAGAUGAUGCCAUCAGAAACUUCCGAGCUAAACAUCACUGCAACUCCUGCUGUCGGAAGCUCAAACUUCCAGAUCUGAAGAGGAACGACUACACACCAGAUAAGAUGACGUUUCCACAUGAAGACCCGCCCACACCAGGGGGUGGAGUCAAAGAUUCCCAACAAUCCAUGAAACUGAUGCUGUGAUUUGAGAGGCAGAUUGUGUGUGUGCAUGCAUGUGUGUGUGUGUGUGUGUGUGUGUGUGUGUGUGUGUGUGUGUGUGUGUGUGUGUGUGUGUGUGUGUGUGUGUGUGUGUGAGAGAGAGAGAGAGAGUUGACAGUGCUCGAAUCGAUUUAAAUCUGAACGAGGAACCGGGAAUAUGCAUUCAAUCAAGUGGCUAUAUCACUGAUACGUUACUAUGGAAACCAGUGCAUGUUAACUUUCAUGUUUUUGCCGUUUUUAUCCUAAAAAGCUGUUGGGACAAAUGAACUUCAUUUGUAUUUUUUAAUGCAUUUGGGGGGUGCUUUUAAAACAUUUUGUACACGUUUUAUGAUCACAGGUAGAUGAACUGGACUUGUCAGCAGGUACAAAAGGGUUUAUUUAUUUUUAUGUCUAAAAGUUGCCAUGUUUUACUAAAAAAAAAAAGGUGUGUUGAUGUUCCAGCAGCUUCAGAGGAGCAGCUGCUGAGACGGACUCGAGGCUAAAUUGCAAAUCAACACCAGUUUUUCUUGCUUUCUUUUUUACAUGAAAACAAAAUAGUAUCUUAACUUUUUGUCUUUUAACUGAAACAAAAUCCAUGAAUAAAUAAAAAAUCUUGUAUAAUAAGGGCAGAUUGCAAUGCAACUUUUACAAAUGAUGUAUGUAAAUGACUUGUGCUGGAAGUGUCCACCAGAAUCUGGCUCAUUACAAAGGUACCAUGGAUUUAUCUUUGUCUUCAGCAAAUGUUCUAAUGUAUCUUAUAGAUACACGUUUGUGGCACCGACUCGACACAUUCAAGAUCUGGUUCAUCAGGAGCGUACGACUGUCUACAUUUAUACUGAAUAUCAUUUUAAAUAAAGUGUCGAACAUUAA